UUCUUAAGAUUCACACCAGAUUUAGCGGUGAAAGAGAGAACGCAUCUCAACCACGUGUUUGAAGAAGACCAUCUGACAGUAACAUAAAGAAGAUAAUUCAACAGGAGCAGCCUCGCAGCGGGACAUCUUCCUCUUAACCCUUUUUUUCCCCCAGUUUGACACUCUUUUUAGCCACCAUGACUCACCUUGGUCAUGAUUUUCCUCAAAAACUCAAACUACUAACAAAUGCUGUGAGUGUGUUCCUGAUGAUAGUCGUCUUCUACAUUCUGCAGUACAUUUUUGACAUGGAUUUUGUAUGCUCGUGCAGACCAGGCGUACAUAUAAAUGCCAUAUUCUACCUGAUGGUGCCUCCUCUGAUCCUCACUUGGGUUGUCCACAUCAUGGAGCCUUUUCACCAAACAACAAUCUCUUCCAUCGGUCAUAUUCUUGAUCAUGACAACAUAUACUGGUGUUUAGUUAAGUUGUCGAUCAACUAUCUGAGUCUGAGUGUAGUAUGGACUGCCUCUGUUAUGUUUGAUGGGGAUUGGUACGUUUGCCUGGUGACAAACCUCAACGUCUCUCAGACCGGAAUUCCUUGCAAAAAAGAUCUGACCUACGAGGAGUACCAAAUUAAAGCCGGUCAUCAAACUGAUUCACUUGACAUUGGCUUUGGUGUAAUCUGUGGUUUUAUUUUGGCUUGGACCAUUGCUGAACGAAUAUCAGCCCAUUGCAUCAGAAAGAGGACAUGGAAAAAUGACUCAGUGUCCACUUUGGAGCAGUUUCACCCUCCUUACUACAGAAGGGUUUAUGAAGAUUUUCUGGCAGAGCAAGAUGUCAGCAAGCGUACAGAAGAAGCAUUUCUACUCAUUUAGGGAAAUGCUCCUUUGGUCCAUGACAUCUACAGUUGCACUAGCCCAAAUAUUGCAUGUGCAAGCCCCCCACUGAAAAGUCUCACAAAUAUCUGUAUUGGUCAAGAUCAGGUCCUCCUGAGUGAAGUUGGAGAGGGAAGCGCCACAGCAACAUCUGGUGGUAUUUGGUGGUAAAAAAAAAAUUAUUGCAUUUAUUUAAUUAUUAAAUUCCAAUGAAGUGGUGAAAUUGAUUGAUUACAUCAUACAUAGUGUAUGCUAUUAGUAAAAAUGACCAAACAGCUGGAAAACUACCAUCAGCCUCAGCUGUAGGUCACUUGGUUGGUUUUGAUAUUUUUGAUAGUAAUCACAUUUUAUAUCUGCAUAUAUUUCAUUUGUGAAUAUAAUCAAAAAGUGUUUUCCAUUUGUUACCUUUGUAUAUUUCAUAUAGUUAGAUUUUAUGUUCUGCUACGUGUUUAAUUUAAGGUUGAAAAUAAAAGAAAAAAAUACAUUUGAGUCUCUGUGGGUUCCUAUGGUUCUUAACCAUUAAGACAAUCCUUCCUCAAGCUUAAACUAGAAGUUUUGAUUUUCUACAUGAAAAAGAACUACAGUCUCUCAUGUUAAAGUUACAUUCUUUCUAUCUACUCUGCUC